CGGCGAUGUCGCGUUUGUUAACCCUCGCGAUCUUGUGGCGUUCUGGUCGCGUGUAUGAUGGCUUCGACAAAACCGGACGUCUUACGGAUACUGUGUUUACAUGGAUAUAGGCAGAAUGGACAGACUUUCAGGGAACGUACUGGAGCAUUUAGGAAGAUUAUCAAGAAACAUGCAGAAUUGGUGUUCAUCACAGCACCACACAUUGUACCACCAGUGAAGGGUUCAGAGGACGGAGAAGCUCAAAAUUCAGAUGAGCGAGGAUGGUGGUUUUCACAGGAGGACGACAGUUACAAUGCCCAAGAAGUCAGUCAGUGCUGCAAGGGAUAUGAUGAAUCUGUGGAACUUGUCAAACAGUCAAUAGUGGAACAGGGCCCGUUUGAUGGGAUCCUUGCAUUCAGCCAGGGAGCCUGCUUGUUGUCGUUAGUUUGUUGUCUGCAAGAAAGAAACCCAGAUCUUUUCAAGUUUAACUUUGCUAUUUUUGUGGCGGGAUUCAAGAGCAGAUCCAUACCUCAUGAAAGUUUCUAUGAAACAGUAGUUACGAUACCAACGCUACACGUGUUUGGAGACACUGACAAGGUUAUACCGAAAGAAAUGAGUGAAGCACUUCUGCCUAGUUACAAAGAGCCUGUGAUUCUACAGCAUCCUGGCGGACACUUCAUCCCUGCAUCCUCACAACAGAAACAAGUCUACCUCCAGUUCCUGGAUAAAAUGGCUGCUAUGAAGUCCUAGUCAAUUGGGGGCGGUGGGGUAGCCUAGUGGUUAAUGCGUUUGCUUGUCUCACCGAAGACCUGGUUCGAUUCCCUGGAGGGUACAAUGUGUAAAGCCCAUUUCUGGUGUAUCCGCUGUGAUAUUGCUGAAAUAUUACUAAAAGCUAAACUCACUCACUCAGUCUUGGUCAAUUGGGAGAUAAACAUUCUGCCUUAGUGGAUGUCAGUGAUAUUCUUGAAGCAGUUAUUUAUUGACAUUCCAGGAUUUGACCUUGACCUUGGCAGUGUUUCAACAGGGACGCCACUGAAAUGAUUACAAGGUCUUUCCAUAACAUUUAAAGAUCCUGAAAGUACUUAAGUGGUUCAGUGAAUCAUUUGAUUUCUUAAAGUACAGGAUUUUUUUAUUGCUUGCAAAGAAUUUGGUACAAUGAAUAUUUGUGCUUCUCUUGGGGUGAGCAGUA